AUGGCAGACAUCUACAAGAAGUGCAGCCGCUUUGUUCUAUCGAAGUACGAGUUGCGGUCCCUCGACUGUCCUCACCCCGACCGCAGUGGGUCUGAGGGUAGGGCGAAACUGUACGGCGAUCAAUAUGGCUUUAAAAAAGGAGCAUGUAAGCGCUGUGACAAAACCUUUGACACCACGUUUACAAAGAAAGAAACGUGUGACUUCCACGUGGAAAGAUCCAGGAAAAUACGCGGAGUUCAUAAGCCCCAUGGGUGUUGCGGAAGUCAUUUCGGUGGGAAGGGAUGUCGAUCAGCCCCGAGUCACGUGUAUAUAGGGAAUCUGUACCUGGACGUGGAGGGGUUCACGAGAACCCAGCCGCUCGCUUCCCCGUCCGCUGAUGGCAACUACGGAGUGUACGCAGUCGAUACAGAGGCGAUCCAUACUGUAAAGGGUCUGGAGGUGUGUAAGGUCAGUGUGAUCAACUCCAGUCUCGAGACCGUUUAUGAUGAGUUCUGCCUCCCAACUACCGAGAUCAUCGACUACAACACCAUAUGGAGCGGUAUCCGUGCCGAGGAUCUUCAGGACGUCACAAAGACGUGGGCGGAAAUGCGUCAGGACCUGCUUGGCAUCUUCAACCGUAAAACCAUCCUCGUGGGCCACGGGCUCGGCACAGACCUUAGGCUCCUCAAGAUCUUACAUAAUAGGGUUGUGGACACCCUAAAGCUGUAUCCCCAUCCCCACGGCUCACAUCUCAGGCGUUCACUCAAGGACAUCGCCCAAUCCUUUCUCGGUCGUAGUAUUCAGACUGGAGAGGGUCACGACAGUCAUGAAGACGCCGAAGUGGCCAUGCAGCUCGUUCUGCGCAAACUGUAAUCUGUUUGGCAGGAACAUGUAACAGGUGUACAAGUCUAUGUACAUAUGUCCAGUGUAGGAGGUGACCUAAUGUUCGGCUGAUAUCGACUUGCUACAAGGCGUUUAAUUAAAUUCUUCACGGGAACGAGUUCCUGUAUUAUAAACGUAUAUUUACAUAUCGAGUUAUUUAAGUUCUAAAUUACUUUAGAUCCUUCAUUUGUAUUUCAUUCACUGUGAUAGGGACCUAAUAGAAGACAAUGUGUGAACAGUGGUGCAUUUGUGUGUGGAUGUGUGAUAGGCCUUCACAAUUAUGUUAUG